AUGAAUUCAUCGCUGGUUUCCUACAAUGGCACAGGUGCUUCAGACAGUGGCUUUUAUAUCAUUGCAUUCCAGACUUUACAGAACAAAAACUACUUGAUUCUUGCUCUAUCCUUCAUUUUCUUUAUCACGCUCAUGGGUAAUCUCGUCCUGUUGGCUUUUGUGUACUUGAACCCGAGCUUGCACAAUCCAAAGUAUGUAGCAGUGUGCAACCUUGCGGUGGUGGACAUCUCCAUUAGCAGUGUUAUCAUUCCUCAAAUGGUGCCAGUCUUUGUUCUAAACCUGAACUAUGUGUCAUUCGAGUUGUGCUUUUCUCAGAUGUUUUUCCUACAUUUCUUUGCUGACAUGGAAUCUUUUUCUUUGGCUGUUUUGGCAUAUGAUCGCCUAGUUGCUAUAUGUCUCCCUCUACGGUAUCCAGUUAUAAACACCAUUCAAAGAAUGUGCCUCAUUCUGGCUGGUGUAUGGUUUCUGGUUUUUCUCCUGGAGAUUUACCCUGUGAGUCUGGCCUCUAGAUUGUCCUACUGUGCUUCCAGGGUUAUCCGUAGCUGUUGCUGUGAGCAUGGGCCUGUGUACAUACUGGCCUGUGGUGACACUUCAUAUAAUAAGAGACUAGCAACAGCGAAGACGAUGGUUGUUCUACUGUGUCCUCUGACUUUCAUCAUCAUCACCUACCUUAUAGUGAUCAUCACAGUGCUGAAGAUUGCUUCUGUGGAACAGUGCUGGAAAGCCUUCAACACCUGCUUUACACACUUGCUCCUGGUUCUGACUUAUUACCUGCCUGUGAUUCUAGCAUAUCUGUUAGGAAAUGUGCGUUUGAUGUUGACUCCAGACCUGCUGACUGCAAUUCUAACUGUGACCGCCACUUUGCCUCCCAUGCUGAAUCCCAUCAUUUACAGCCUCAAGACAGAAGAACUGAGGGUAAUAAUAAUGAAGGUUUUUCUUAGGACAAACAGCUUCAGACAAAAAAGAGAACGAACGUUGAGAAGAGCGCACUUGAGUGGAGUCUUGUCCGAGCUAAAAGUGCUAGCCGACCGGCCUAGGCGGGCUAACACGCUGUGGUUGACGGCACGGCUGACAAAGCGUGUACGUCGAGAGCUGGACCAGAUGGACUUUAUGGCUGUAGAGCUGUAA